AUGAAUUCAUUGAUAAGAAAUGUUGUGGGCACUGGUCUGCUGGCUCACGGAGCCCAUCAAUUUUUGGUUUGUUCGAUUUUGAAUGUUAAAGUAUAUUGAUGCCAAAAUGUGAUCCUUUUUUAAAAACUUUGGAGUAAAAGCCCUGAUUAAGUCAUUUUUGACUCUCCAAAGAAGGUCAUUUUACUUUUGGGUUGAAAGCUUCCUGAAAUUGGUUAGAAUAUACCUUGCCGUUUUGUAUGAAUAUCCUGAAAGUCUCAACCUCCAAAAAAUCUUAGGUUUCCAAAAACUGAGCAUUCAGAGUCUCAAAAUAAUCAAUUUUAACAGAUUCGGUUUUUUUUUCUGAAUUUGAGACCUGUUCUCUCGAAAACUAAGAAAUUAUGCAAGCCGAGACUCUCAGGAUCUUCAUUUUGCAAAUCAAAGAAUAAUUUAGGCAAUUUUCAGCUAAUUCUCUAGAAGGAAGUAAAAUGACCUUCCUUGUUAGAACGAGUCUUUAUCUCUCAAAACUUGAACAGACGAACCCCAACUGGUGGCUCUACACCCCGAUCUGCGUCCUGGCGGCGCUGGUCAGCCUCCGACCGACGCCUUCUUCCAAAUUCUGGAGGGUCUUCUCCUCCGUGAGCGCCGUCGGCGGCGGUCUUCUCACCCUCUUCCUUCUCUGGACCUUCCUCUCCAUCGACGACACGCCCACGCUCAAGCUCGACGAGGGAAAACAACUGCUGCAAGUAAGCUUUACACAAGAAACCUUUUCUUUUUUCUGAUAUUGUUUCGAAACAUUUCGCGCGGAAGACACUGUAAUUAAUCAUGGAAUCCCAAAUUUGCCCUUUUUGUUCAAAAACUAGAAUAUUUCCAGCAUCUAACCUUUUACGCCAAAGAACAUAUUGGCCAAUUUUCAUACAACAGCACAAUUUCAAAUAAUUCCCGCGGUAGAAACUAUAAAUUCAAACUUUAGUCACGGAAAAACAAAAAGGUAACUUUUCUCGUCAUGAAAAAUGAAAUAAUCUUCCUCAUGCCAUCUCCAAAAUGAUUUCCGCAUAAAGCAAAAUUUUUGUUUUCAAUGAAAUUGAAGGUGUCGGUAGCGUCUUUGCUGGUGACGUCAACGAGGCUUUCUACAGACCAAAUAAAGAGUCCUGUGCACUACGUCCGGACUUCACUUCUUCUCCUAACUUUUGCCGUCGCUCUUUUAUCCGCAGUCGUUUCUUUCAAAUAUUUUGCCGAAUAA